AUGGAUCAAAACGUACCAAUAAGCAAGAAGCUAUGGAACAUCGUACGUUUUCUCUUGUACAUGAUCCGCAAAGGCGUCUCAAAACACAAACUCAUCGCCGACUUCAACGCCACUCUCAAACGAGGCAAGAACCUCAUGUUCCACCACCGUCGCCGUGUCCCAGCAGCAGCGACCGCCUCAGACGCUCUACACGCUGCUUCAGCUUCCACCGCAACUUCGCGUCAAGAAUAUGAGUUUAGCUGCAGCAACACUCCAAACUACUCUUUCCCUUUUCCCAACGUCGCUUUCAUGAAGAAAAAGAGUCACAAUAGUCUCUUUGCGUGUGGUCAGACGCCUCAGACGCUUGACGAUGAAGCAGCCGCUAGAGCCGUUCUUGAGCUUCUUAACGGCGUCGGAGACAAAGGAAACGUCACGCCAAUGGAUUUGUCAGCGGCUUUGUCUCCUUACUUCCCCGGGUUUGGACGGACUCCUUUGGUGAGGCCUUUAAGGGUUACGGACUCACCGUUUCCGUUGACCCCGGAAAAUGGUGACUUGGGUAACGGACACGUGGACAAAGCGGCUGAUGAUUUUAUAAAGAAGUUUUAUAAGAACUUGAAUCAGCAGAAAAAGAUGAUUGAGUUUAGCUAA